AUGUACACCAUCCAGGACUGGAAGGCUCUGCAGCAGGUGAUUAAAACCACCCAGAACAUCCUUGGUCUACAGAGCAUCAGGGUUAUCAAAUCAGAGGAAUCACAGCUCAGGAUUGUGGUUGUUGGGAAAACUGGAGUUGGCAAGAGUGCACCAGGAAACACCAUCUUGAUGAGAAAAGCCUUUAAAUCUAAGCUGUCCUCUUCCUCACUGACAUCACAUUGUCAAAAGCAAACAGCAGAGUUUGGUGGACAAACACUGGCUGUUAUUGAUACUCCAGGUCUGUUUGACACUGGAAGACAACAAGAGGAAGUGAUGACAGAGAUUGGGAGAUGUAUCACAAUGGCUGCUCCUGGUCCUCAUGUGUUCCUGGUUGUGACCCAGCCAAACAGAUUUACAAAAGAAGAAGAAGAAACAGUGAAAAUCCUUCAGAAGAUGUUUGGAGAACAGGCAGCAGAUUACACAAUGGCCUUGUUCACACAUGGAGAUGAUCUGAAGGAGGAAGAAGUCACCCCGGAAAAAUUAAUUGGUCAAAAUCCAGCUCUUCAUAAUUUCAUCAAACAGUGUCAUGGAGGAUACCAUGUUUUUGAUAACAGAGACAAGGAUCCUUCUCAGGUCAGUGAGCUGCUGAAGAAGAUCAACGGAAUGAUUCAGAGAAAUGGAGGAAGAUACUACACCAAUGAAAUGAAACAGGAAGCCAGCCAUAUUAAGGAAUCACAGCUCAGGAUUGUGGUUGUUGGGAAAACUGGAGUUGGCAAGAGUGCAUCAGGAAACACCAUCUUGAUGAGAAAAGCCUUUCAAUCUAAGGUGUCCUCUUCCUCACUGACAUCACGUUGUCAAAAGAAAACAGCAGUGAUUGGUAGACAACCACUGGCUGUUAUUGAUACUCCAGGUCUGUUUGACACUGGAAGACAACAUGAGGAAGUGGUGACAGAGAUUGGGAGAUGUAUCACAAUGGCUGCUCCUGGUCCUCAUGUGUUCCUGGUUGUGAUCCAGCCAAACAGAUUCACAAAAGAAGAACAAGAAACAGUGAAAAUCAUUCAGAAGAUGUUUGGAGAACAGGCAGCACGUUACACAGUGGUCUUGUUCACACAUGGAGAUGAUCUGAAGGAGGAAGAAGUCUCCCCGGAUGAAUUCAUUGGGAAAAAUCCAGCUCUUGAUAAUUUCAUCAAGCAGUGUCAUGGAGGAUACCAUGUUUUUAAUAACAGAGACAAGGAUCCUUCUCAGGUCAGUGAGCUGCUGAAGAAGAUCAAUGCAAUGGUUCAGAGAAAUGGAGGAAGAUACUACACCAGUGAAAUGUUCCAAGAGGCUCAGAAACUGAGUGAAGAGGAGCUCAGGAUUGUGCUUGUUGGGAAAACUGGAGUUGGCAAGAGUGCAUCAGGAAACACCAUCUUGAUGAGAAAAGCCUUUCAAUCUAAGCUGUCCUCUUCCUCACUGACAUCACGUUGUCAGAAGGAAAGAGCAGUGAUUGGUGGACAAACACUGGCUGUUAUUGAUACUCCAGGUCUGUUUGACACUGGAAAACAACAAGAGGAAGUGGUGACAGAGAUUGGGAGAUGUAUCACAAUGGCUGCUCCUGGUCCUCAUGUGUUCCUGGUUGUGAUCCAGCCAAACAGAUUCACAAAAGAAGAAGAAGAAACAGUGAAAAUCAUUCAGAAGAUGUUUGGAGAACAGGCAGCACGUUACACAAUGGCCUUGUUCACACAUGGAGAUGAUCUGAAGAAGGACGAAGUCUCCCCGGAUGAAUUUAUUGGUCAAAAUCCAGCUCUUCAUAAUUUCAUCAAGCAGUGUCAUGGAGGAUACCAUGUUUUUGAUAACAGAGACAAGAAUCCUUCUCAGGUCAGUGAGUUGCUGAAGAAGAUCAAUGGAAUGAUUCAGAGAAAUGGAGGAAGAUACUACACCAGUGAAAUGUUCUUAGAGGCUCAGAAGGCCAUAGAGAAAAAAAUGAAACAACUCCAGAAGGAAAAUCCAAAUAUGACACAUGAUGAAGCAAGAAAAAUGGCAGAGGAAGACAACUCAUUUAUUUCCUUUCUUACGGCCGUGGCUGUUGGAGCUGCAGCUGGAGGAGGUAUUGGGUUGUCUGGGGGUCCAAUGGUAGCUGCAGCAGGAGCUGUAGCAGGAGCUGUAGUAGGAGCUACAGUGGGAGCUAUAACUGCAGUGGCAAAGAAGGCAUGUGUUAUUCAGUAAAUCUCCAACAUGAAUUAGCCAUGAGCUUUAAACCAA